GACCGUCAUGUUAAGGUGAAGCAGAGGGGCUCGGUGCUGAACAUGCUAAGAAGGCUGGACAAAAUCCGGUUCAGAGGUCACAAGAGAGACGACUUUCUCGACCCGGCGGAGUCUCCCAAUGCCUCGGACACCGAAUGUGGAGACGAGAUCCCCCUGAAGGUCCCUCGGACCGCGCCGCCCCGCGACAGCGAGGAGCUGAGGGACCCCGCUGGCCCGGGGACCCGCAUCAUGGCUGCAGGGGUCCAGGACUUCAACCGGACAGAGUCCGACCGGCUGAAUGAGAUCAAAGGCCACCUGGAAAUCGCCUUGUUGGAAAAGCACUUUCUCCAGGAGGAGCUUCGGAAGCUGCGAGAAGAGACCAAUGCAGAGACGCUGCGGCAGGAGCUGGAGCGCGAGCGGCAGAGGCGGCUGGAACUGGAACAGAGGGUCCAGGAGGUGCUGAAGACCAGAUCCGAGGAGCAGCCGGCCCAGCAGCCUCCCAAGGGGCAGACCCAGGUUAACAACGGAGCAGGGACUGACCGCCGGGGCCAGGGGCUGUGCACCCGCCUCCAGAAGUGGUUCUACGACAGGUUCGGGGAGUACGUGGAGGACUUCCGGUUCCAGCCUGAGGAAAGUACCGUGGAGGCGGAGGAGCCCCUCAGUGCCAGAAGGUUAACGGAAAAUAUGAGGAGACUCAAGCGUGGUGCCAAGCCCGUCACCAACUUUGUGAAGAACCUCUCUGCCUUAUCUGACUGGUAUUCUGUCUACACGUCUGCCAUUGCCUUCAUCGUGUACAUGAAUGCCGUGUGGCAUGGCUGGGCCAUCCCCAUGUUCCUGUUUCUGGCAAUCCUGAGGUUGUCUCUCAAUUACCUCAUCGCCAGGGGCUGGAGGAUACAGUGGAGCAUUGUGCCAGAAGUGUCCGAAGCCGUGGAACCUCCCAAAGAAGACCUGACUGUGUCCGAGAAGUUCCAGCUGGUGCUGGACGUGGCCCAGAAGGCCCAGAACCUCUUUGGCAAGAUGGCCGACAUCCUGGAGAAGAUCAAGAACCUGUUCAUGUGGGUGCAGCCCGAGAUCACGCAGAAGCUGUACGUCGCCCUGUGGGCCGCCUUCCUGGCCUCCUGCUUCUUCCCCUACCGCCUCGUGGGGCUCGCCAUGGGACUCUAUGCUGGAGUCAAGUUCUUCCUCAUCGAUUUCGUGUUUAAACGCUGCCCGAGGCUGCGAGCCAAGUAUGACACGCCCUACAUCAUCUGGAGGAGCCUCCCCACAGACCCCCAGCUCAAAGAGCGCGCCAGCACUGCCACCGUGUCGCGCCGGCUCCAGACCGCGUCCUCACGGAGCUGUGUUCCCAGCGCACCGGCAGGCCCGGGCAGAGACGAAGAUUCCGGCCGCUUCCACAGCACCAAGAAGGGCAACUUCCAUGAAAUCUUCAACUUGACGGAGAACGAGCGGCCACUGGCAGUGUGUGAGAAUGGCUGGCGCUGCUGCCUGAUCAACAGGGAUCGCAAGAUGCCCACGGACUACAUCCGGAACGGCGUUCUGUACGUGACGGAAAAUUACUUGUGCUUCGAAAGCUCCAAAUCCGGGUCUUCCAAACGAAACAAAGUCAUCAAGCUGGUGGACAUCACAGAUAUCCAGAAGUACAAGGUCCUCUCCGUCCUCCCGGGGUCGGGCAUGGGGAUCGCAGUGUCCACACCCUCGACCCAGAAGCCGCUGGUGUUCGGGGCCAUGGUGCACCGCGACGAGGCGUUCGAGGCCAUCUUCAGCCAGUACAUGAAGAUCACGUCGGCGGCAGCUGCGGGCGGGGACAGCUAGUACCAGCUCUAGGUGCUGCUGGGAUUUUCCUUGAACCGUGUGGUAGUGGAAACAAUUGGACAUCCUCAUGAUCUUUUGCAAUAACCCCUGGACUGUGGUUUCUGUUGUGCCGGCCCCAAAUCACAGACGCCUCCCAGCGGGGCUGGGGUCUGCCGGACGGUGCCGCUGCCACCGGGUCCUGAAGCACUUUUUAUGCACAUUUGGGACAUGGAGGCGGAGGGUCCCUCAGAGGCCCGCGUGAAGGAGGACAGCAGGACACCCGUCCCUGCCGUGACCACGCCCAGCUCCUCCUGGUUCUGGCCAUCCGAUGCGGCUCCUGAACAGGGAAGCUCCCCAUGCCAUAGGUGAGGCACAGGGUGUGUUCCCACCUGUGAGGUGGAAGGUGAAUGAGAGGUCAGGGACCACGGAGGAAAAGGGGCUGGCCGGUCUUGCCGCUCCCUCAGCGCGACCAGCUGUGUUUGUCUUGGGAGUGGUGGGGCUGGGGAAGGCGCAGCUCCAUCCGCUGACCGGGUCUCACCCUGGGCAUGCCACCCUGGGAUGGGCGCUCAGUGGGCUGGACGCUCGGCGGGCCGGUGGGAGGGAGCGUCUGGUUCUCACGCCGGGCGGGACUCGCCGCAGUAUGGCAAAAAGCACAUCUUGUGACACUCGCUUCUCUGGAGAGGCCGGGGGAGCGCCAACCCAGCCUUCCGGCACAUGGAGGAGAAGUCACCCCAGCUGACCGCAGCUCUGGGGUGGGUUCCAAUCCGUGUAAGAGUGGGGAGGGUGCUGAGAU